GUUUUUAAACUACUUGUUCCAAAUUUUAGUAAAAAAUAAAUAUUAAGAUACUAGAAAGAUGCAAUAACAUAUUUUACAUAUAUAGAAAAUUUUCUCUUCUAUUUUCACUUUUAUUUAUACUUUUAUUUAUUUAUAUAUUGCUCUCGCCAUUCGUAAUGGCUAGUGCAUUCUCAGCAUAAUUCGAUAGGCGAAAAUAGGUGGUCGCCAACGAUAGUAGACAAUCGGUCGGCUUGAACGAUUGAAUGGAAAUGAAAGUCGUUCAGAAAUAAGUAGCGGGUGUGACAAUGACCGAGGUACGAUCACCUCGGCGACGAAUGAUGAUGCUAAUGACGAUGUUCGAUUUGCGGUGAAGACGAAGGACAGCCAGGGAGGAUUCAGUUGGCACGAGGGUUUCCUUUGGAAUCGGUGAUCGAGCGAACACGGGGAGCUUGUAAUGAAAGGCAGGAUGCGCUCGGGACCGGACGUGAUGUUCUUCGCAUACAGAAACAGUUCCAGAAACGAAGGAAACACCGUCGUUGGACUAUGAUGAUUGGUACCCCUCCAUCAAGAUAAUCGUGUCCUAAGUAUGGUAUGGCAAAAAGACGUCACCGGAUAGGUUUUCAUGUCUUGUCAACAGUUUGUACAUUUAUUUAUGACGCGCCACUAAUUUUGUCCUCAUCAAGCCGGAAAUUAUUAUUGUUCUUUUUCAGAAUUUUUCUCUUAUGUUUACUAUUAAUCCGGAUGCAUUGUUAGUCGAUCCGUUGAAAUGCACUCAUAUGGAAAAUUUAGUGCAAAAAAUGGAACGAAACGAACGUAUGGUUGCCAAGAGCUUGGCAAUAUAACUCUUACAACCAACGAGACUUCCGGUUUAAAAGAAUCUAUGAAUACAGACUUGUGUUUCGGCGAGUAUCAGUUUGCAACCGAAUUCGGAGAGAAUAGCGUAGUGACGGAAUGGCGUCUAGUUUGUGAAAAACGGUAUUUGACGUUUCUUGGGCCGACUGUUUACUAUAUCGGGGUUUUAAUGGGUGCUUGGAUCGCUGGACUUUUGGCAGAUCGUAUUGGAAGACUUCCGGUUCAAGCGCUUUGUCUUUAUACUCAGGGCACGAUGGCUGUUGCGUUAUACGUUGUACAGAAUUAUCCCACGUUUUUGGCUCUUCGUGGAUUACAAGGAGUCUUUGUUCAGGGUCUACAAAAUUCGACGUAUAUUCUUUCUUUGGAAUUGUUCCCUGCCAAGGCACGAACUUUCGUUGCAUUAGUUAUGCAAAUUGCGUGGGCCAUUGGUUUGAUACUUCUAGCUGCACUCAGUUACAUUAUACCGGACUGGAGAAUCUUGCAAUUAGCAGUUUCAGUUCCCACCGCAAUAACUGUACUUUACAUUUGGAUGAUACCAGAAUCGCCAAGAUGGUUACUGGCAAAGGGAAAAACAACGGAAGCAGAUAUGGCAUUGGAACGUAUCGCGAAAUACAAUAUCUGUUGCACUAGAUUAUCUCGAAGAGAACACGUUAAAUCGGAUGCAAACGUUCUCGAGAACGCGAUCCCAACGAAACCGGAAAGGAAGUCGCGCGUCUCGUGUCCAGACUUGAAAAAAUCGAAAACCGAUAACGAAAUGAAAGAAGAAGCUGCGAAUUUGCUGAAUAGUAAUACAACGGAUACACUUCAACAAAAAGUUCGAAAAACAAGUUUGAGAGCGAUUUCAGAAAAUUUAGAAAAUAAGCUUGUCAAAACGGAAUCAGAAAUGGAAUCGAAACAAUACGAAAAUGAAGAAAUGGAAAAGAGGAAUGUCGCAUCGAGCUCGAAAAGUCAUCGAAAAUCGAAAUCGAUAUCCCAGCCAGCUGGAAGUCAAAGACUUUCGAUGAAAAAUGCGUAUGAUACCGUAGAAUUACGGAUGCCGAUAAAAAAAGAAAUAACGAGCAAAGACGAGUAUAACAAAAAGUGUAAUAAGAUCGAAGAAAGAUCCAGUAACGCGCAAACAAAAGAAGAGUUGUUGGAACUGUUUAAAUCUAUGCUAUUGAAAAAAUAUGGUAUUAUAAUGAUGUAUCAAUGGUUCACAUCUUCUAUAGCAUGCUGUGUCUUUAUGACACUCGUUCCAAAUUUCUCUUUUAAUAGGCAUAUCGUUUUUGCAUUAGGAGGAGCAUUAGAAAUCGCAACUUACGUGUUUCUCUAUUUCAUAUUGUCUAGAUAUGGCAGACGAUUAUCAAUGUCAGCAUAUCAAUCAAUUACAGGUGCGAUUUGUAUCUUAUUAGCAGCCAUAAUUAUCUUAUCGAAUCCUACAACUGCAAUUGAUCUCACGAAGGCCAUUAUACUUUUACUCGGUAGAAUAGCAGUAAUGAGCACCGUUUCCAUAACAUACUUGUAUACGGUCGAAAUAUUUCCAACAGUUGUGCGAGGAACUUGCUUAGGCUUAUGCAUCGUUUUCGCGAAAAUCGGCAGUUUAUGUACGCCACACGAAUUAUUAUCGGGAGAAUAUUUUCCAGUUACCAUUCCAUUAAUAAUUAUUGGAAUGCUCUGCUUAGGAUCGGGGGCAUUUGCUUUAAUUUUACCAGAAACUUUAAAUAAGAUUUUACCAGAUACAACGGAAGAUUCUGAACUGCUGAUUGUAAGAAGGAGAGAUAAAGAAAAGAAAAAUAAUGAAAAUUUAAAUAAUGAGAACGCGCCUGAUAUCGAGGAUGCUUCGGAAAGGGAAAUACUUAGAGCGAAAUUGUUUUCGGAGGAUUGGGUGGAUGCGGGAAAUGGCAUUUUAGUGAAUUUCACAGAGAAUAAGAAUUCUGAGUAAAAUAUUUCAAAUUUUAUAUAGGAUAAAUUAAUAUCACAUUGUCAUAAACAUAUUGACAAAUUGUGAUUAAUCAUUUGGUAAAAUGUGAUUAUUUAUGUAUUAUGGCAGAUAAGAUUUAUUUGAAAUUUAUGAUAUUUUUUUUACUAAAAUAUUUGAGGUAUAAAUUCUUGAUGAAACAAUUACAAUGUUUUAUGUUUAGUUUUUUUUGUAUAAUUAAUAGUUAAAAUUAAUUAUUUAAUUUAUAAUCAUAAAAUAUGCAUGCAUGUGCAUUAUUAAUUUACACGUAAAUUAAAUUCAUACGAAUUUAAAUUAUUAGCGAAAAAUGAUACAAUAUUUUUUAUAAAAUAAUAAUUUUUAGAAAUAUG